UCAAUCAAGGUUGGUACACAAAAGAUACAAUUGCAAAAUUAGUUGAUUAAUCCACUAAUUGGCACAAAAACGGGCAAAAAUGGUUUCAUUUUAAAUUUAGACUCUGUGGGUUUAAACGGACAUAAAAAUUGAUUCCAUUCAUGAUUCAGCAAUUUAAAAAUUUCUUUAGCGACAGAUUCUGAGAAAAUCGAAGUCAAAGUUAAAUGUUGAUCGUCUUUUGUACAAUAAUGAAACCAGACCUUGUCAUAAAAGUCAUUUUUCGGGUGUAACUGGUAAAGGUAAUUCUUUAGCUAAUUUAAUUCAAUUAGCAUUAAAUUUGCCAAUAUGGACUCAAUUUUUAUGCUCGUAUGUAAAAUGAUUACUCUUCUCAGACAAUUAUUAUUAAUCUUAUCAAAGAACUGGCUUGACUUAGGUAUUUAAUACAGUAGUGGUCAGGGUUAAGUCUAAUUGUUGCUAAUGUGGACCGAUCGACUUUCAAUCUUUUUCUUUGUUUAAAUUAACCCUGGAACUAAUGUAAUCUGGUUACUUUUUGGUUAACCAAAGCCCCACCAGAAACAUUUGAUGACAUAGGUUAGCUUCAACGAAAAUCUUGUUACCUUUAUACCUUGUUCACAUUUAUUUUGUUAAACAUAGGUGGAAUGGACGAGCAAAUUAAAGAAGCAGUUGAGCUUCCUCUAACCCAUCCAGAGUACUUUGAAAGCUUAGGAAUAAAAGCUCCAAAAGGAGUCAUUUUAUUUGGUCCACCUGGAACGGGUAAGAUUUUAUUAGCUAAGGCAGUUGCUAAUUCAACUUCUGCUUCAUUCUUGUAUGUUGUUGCUUCAGAAUUGGUUCAAAAGCACAUUGGUGAAGGGGCUAAAUUGGUUCGGGAACUGUUUAAAUUAGCAGCCGAAAAUUCGCCAACAAUUAUAUUCAUCGAUGAAAUUGAUGCCAUUGCUGUUAAAAGAGGGAAUUCAGAAACUGGCGGAGAACGUGAAGUUCAAAGGACUUUAUUGGAGCUUCUCAAUCAAUUGGAUGGAUUUGAUGAAAAAUCUGGUGUUCGAGUAAUUUUGGCAACCAAUUCAAUUGAUCGAUUGGAUCAAGCAUUGAUUAGACCUGGCAGAAUUGAUCGUAAAAUUGAAGUGCCUCUACCAAACAAUGCAAGUCGACGUAAAAUUUUUGAGAUCCAUUCCCAAAGCAUGAUGAAGGCUGAAAAAAUUGACGUUGACUCCAUCCUGGAAGGAGUUGAAUUUAGGUAAUUAUGAUACACCUUUCUCAUAAAAGACUUUCAAAUAAUGUUUAAAAGAACAGGUCGCCGCAUCUCGAAAGGCUAAUCCGGAUAAAGAAGGGAAAUAUAUAGC